AAAGCCAAUAGUGGUAGAAGUCCAUAUAAUCUCAUCCUUUAGACUCCGAUUUCUGAAAUCGCGAACCCAGCGAAGCGAUCCGGAAUCGAGCUCGACCAAUUUCUCGAUCAGACUCUCUCAGAUUACUUUUCCCGUGCUGCGAUUCUCUCUCUUCCUAUAAAGCAGCAACCUUUUUUUAUUUUUAUUUUGUGUUAUUGGAAGAAACCCCAAACCCUACUUUGGUCUAGCGAGAAAAAAAAAAAAAAAAGGAAGAAGAGAGAGGGUUUGAGGAGGAGGGCGGCUGAUCAUAUGGAUUCAGAAGACGAUAUGCUCGAUGCCCACGAUAUGUAUUCUGGUGAUGAUGAUUAUUACAGCGGCGGGACCGAUGAUGACAUCAACGAUAGUGGUGAUGAUGUUGAUGAUUACAACGGCUUAUUCGAGGAAUCCGUUGACGAUUCCGCCAUGGUCGCCUCGGUUCGCUCUCAGAUAAAUUAUGCUGUUCUCAAGGAAGGAGAUAUUCGCAGACAACAGAAUGAUGAUAUUGGACAAGUUUCCUUGGUCCUCUCUUUAAGCUAUGUUGAAGCGAGCAUUUUGCUUCUUCACUAUCACUGGAUUGUUAGUAAAGUUCAUGAUGAAUGGUUUGCGGACGAGGAGAGAGUUCGGAGAACUGUUGGCAUAUUAGACGGACCUGUUGUUCCAACACCUAAUUCCAGAGAACUUACAUGUGGAAUCUGCUUCGAGUCCUACCCUCUUGAGGAGAUUGUAUCAGUUUCUUGUGGUCAUCCUUUCUGCGCUACAUGUUGGACGGGUUAUAUAAGCACAACCAUCAAUGAUGGGCCAGGAUGUUUGUUGCUAAAAUGUCCGGACCCUUCUUGCCCUGCUGCUAUUGGUCAAGAUAUGAUCGAUAAAUUGGCUUCUAAGGAAGACAAGGAGAAGUAUUAUAGAUACUUUCUUCGAUCUUAUGUUGAAGACAACAGAAAGAUGAAGUGGUGUCCUGCCCCAGGAUGUGAGCAUGCAAUUGAUUUUUCUGCCGGGUCUGGAAGUUAUGAUGUUUUGUGCUUUUGUUCGCAUAGCUUUUGCUGGAAUUGCACUGAAGAGGCUCACCGUCCUGUGGAUUGUGGCACAGUUGCAAAAUGGAUACUGAAGAACAGCGCUGAAUCUGAAAAUAUGAAUUGGAUACUUGCCAAUUCAAAGCCUUGUCCAAAGUGUAAGCGGCCAAUUGAAAAGAAUCAUGGCUGUAUGCACAUGACAUGCACACCGCCUUGUAAAUAUGAGUUUUGUUGGCUUUGCCUUAACACAUGGACAGAGCACGGGGAAAGAACUGGUGGUUUUUAUGCCUGCAACCGGUAUGAGGCGGCUAAGCAAGAAGGAUUGUAUGAUGAGGCUGAGAAGAGGCGAGAAAUGGCAAAAAAUUCCCUAGAGAGGUACACUCAUUACUAUGAACGCUGGGCAAGCAAUCAACAGUCGAGGCAAAAAGCUAUGGGGGAUCUGCAGAAAAUGCAAUCAGAGAAGCUUGGGAAGCUUAGUGACAUACAGUGCACACCAGAAUCUCAGCUCAAGUUUAUUCCAGAAGCGUGGCUCCAGAUCAUUGAAUGCAGACGGGUACUGAAGUGGACGUAUGCAUAUGGAUACUAUCUAUCAGAUAAUUCUAAGAAGCAAUUUUUUGAGUAUUUGCAAGGGGAGGCUGAGUCAGGUUUGGAGAAGCUCCACCAAUGCGUAGAGAAGGAAUUAGAGGUGUUUCAAAAUGCAGAGGGCCCUACAAAUGAGUUCAAUCAAUUCCGGUCAAAAUUAACUGGUCUAACCAGCAUAACGAAAACCUACUUUGAAAAUCUGGUGAAAGCUCUGGAGAAUGGUCUUGCUGAUGUGGAUGCACAAGCUGCUAGCAGCAAAUCAACAAACUCUAAAUCUUCUAGCAAGACAAAAGGCGGUGGAAAAGGUAAAGGAAGCUCCAAAAAUGGCGGGUCCAGCAGAAACCCAGAUGACAACUGAGAUCUCCCAGGUUUCAGUUACGUCACGCAGUCUCGCGCUUGUGUGAUGCCACCUCACUAAGGUCUAGAUUUCUGGGAAGAUUUGAGGUUUGCAAUACUUUUGAGUAGACUCUUCUUGAGGUUCUUGAGGAUGAAGGCUGUUAAGGGACAAGCACGCACAAGUGAAUUGUCUCUCUCUGAAUUAAGGGUUCAUGAUAGUUUUUACUUGCCUUAAAUAUUGUAUAGUAUAAAAGAACUCUGCACAUUGUUACUUUGGCUUUCGCCUUUUGCCCUGCUAGUGCAAUGACUGCAAACCAAACUGAAGUCUCUUGUCUGAAAAAAUUCUCGAGGUGAAGUGCAAAUGGUACCUCCUUUGUGUUGUUACUUGUUAA